ACCUGUCAGACCUCCAGCUCACUACAUAGCGACCUGUCAGGCCUCAAAAAGCUCCUACUUUGUGUUCUCUUUUGAAUCCCGAUCAAAACACUUUUCGUUUCGUCACAAUCGGAGUUUCCGUUGAGAUUUUAUGACGAGAACAAGUUAGACUCGUCUAAACUCCUUGGCUUGCUCGCCCUUACUUCCAUCUUUGCGUUCUCCUUCGAAUCUCGAUCGAAACAUCUCUUGUGUCGUCUCGAUUGGAGAACCAUUGAAACUUUACAAUAAAAAAAACCCGCAAAGACUUGUUUUCUCGCAUAAAUUCAAAUUAAUCGUAUAAAACGGGAACAGUCAACUUAACACCUUAGUCGCCUCAACUAUACGAUUACGUUGAACUUUUUUAUAAAAAUCAACGUCGUAUCUAAAGAGAAGAUAACAGUCAAGUUCGGAAAAUAAUUGUCAAGUUUCAAAGGAUAAACACCAAUAUCGAAAAUGGCGAACAUACACGAGAAGAGAAAAGGGAAAGAAGCAAACAAAACUGAGAAGAGACAAAACUGCAUCUUCGAGAGAACUAAGGUAUUUCCGACUUGAAAUUUUUAAAAUCAGACUUGGAAUUUUCGUAGGAAAUUACUAAGAAAUAAAAACGCCUUUGAGACUGCCAUAGAACUUUAGGGAACGUAAAACCUAGGUGGAUAGUCUAGCGAACUAAGUCUUAGGCGAUUUUUCCUGUCUCCAUAUAUCGUUCCAUAACUGUUCUGCCAGAUCUUGCAAACCGAUCUAAACUCUCCGAAAAUCAAGAAAUGAUCGCCACGCAUAUCAAGCUCGCUUCCUAAAGAGAAAAAAAAAACUAGAGACAUGAACGUCGUCUUAAAACCAAUUCGUUACUAGCAAUUUUCUCGAAACCGACAUAUUCCAAGUCGUCAAUGUGGAAACAACCAAAUCACAAUCCAAGCGUCGUCUUUAAAUCGUCCCGGAUUAGCGAUCAUUCCAAGCCUUAAAAGAAGAAACAUACACAACCCUUCAAAAUAUCGGUUCAACCGUUUUCUUUCGUAAAAAAAAGGGGGAGUAGGUACGUAUACUAUACUCGUAUACUCCCAAACUUCAAAAAACUUUUGCAAAUCGUCAAGAGAACGAUUUCGUCAAAGCAAAUCAUCCCAAAUAGGCAAACGACAAUCUAAAAUUCGUCUAAACGCAAGCAACAUAUCCAGACGAUCAUGAACAUAAUCUCAAAGACUAUACAUCAUUUCUUGUCGCAAUCAUGCGUGCAGAAAACCUGUACCAAUAUCAAACUGAAACUCGACGAUUAACCAAAGUAUUGAAGCCCUUUCCGGCUUUAGAAAGCAAGUUUCGUUUAAAAUUUUCUAGGAGAAAAAUUCAAUCACCAAAGCAUUUCUUUCAGUUCCGUUGUACCAAGUGAAUCACGGAAAACAUCAAAAAUAUUUGCGAUGAAGAAAACUCGAGAAUAGAUGUAGCAUCGUGCACAUUAAAAGGAGCACUUUCCUCCCGAUGGUUAGCUAGAUCCACCUUUGGUUGACCAAUUCGUUCCCGAAACGAAGGUGUCAUGAGAAUCCUCUCAAAAAACUUAUGAAAAACGUUAUGUGACUAUAUCGUAUUGAAAUAAACUUCGGUAACACUCCAUGAGUAACUCCAAGCAACUUUCACCUAAGAUAGAAAUCGCAGCAUAAACCUUUCUCGUAAAACCCGCAGAAACAACGCUACUUUGACAUAUGUGUACAUAUCACCGAUUUACAACCUUCGUAAAACCGGUCCCCGUUACUUACGCGAAAAAUCCUUCGUACAAUCAGACCAAGUCUUACGAAGAAACUUUCUAAAGUUAACAUAACAGGCUUUGUGAAGAACCCUGCGGCUCGCUGGCUUCUGCUUUUUUUUCCCUCGGUCACAUCCAAGAAGGCAGUCAUCCCGCCACUGACUCCACACUGGUUAUGUAGCAAACCUCUUGGGCUUCGUCUUCCUCAGACAAAAAAGACUCGAUUUUCAUAAUACUAUAGGUCACAUUACACGAAAUAUUCGUCGUAUAACUGAAACCUAGAGCGGAGAAUCGUUUUAUACGACUAUCGGCCAUAUUAGCAUGGAUAACCCCGGCAAACUUUGCCUAUCAAUCUCGACAAGCGCUCUUUGGCCCUCGGUCAAUUACGCCUUCCACUAAAGGUCCAAACCAAUAUUUGCCAUCCCCUUUAAGGACGAUCGUAAACUAACAUGGUCUUAAAUGUUAAAGUACCAUGGUCUAAUCCUUGACGUACAUCAUCUUUGGCUAUCUGAGUGAACACAUCCCUUAUGGAGAGAGAGAAACCAGCGGAGAAAUGGGAAAAACCAGCUCCCAUACAGCUGUUGAAGAAGAUCAUUGACAAAGGGAUCAAAAAUAAGCUAAGUUUGGUGAGUAGGAAAGGAGUGAAAUGAUUGGAAGGAGCUCUACAAUUUUGGUUUGGAACAAAAAUGUAAAUAUUGCAGGCCUCACCAUAGUUCAGCAUAGGAGUAGUAGAUAAAUAAAAAAGAAAAAGUAUAAAUUCCACUAGUUGUACAAAGGUUUUUUUUAUGAAUAAAAUUUAAAAUUUAUUUUUUUAAAAAAAGAGCAUAGGAGCGAAUAUCCACACAACAAUGAACGACAAAGAAGUAAUGGCAAAGACGCAAUAAAAAAAAUACCGGAAGAGCAACAAUCAGAGAGAAUCAAAAGUGGUUACCAACGAGAGUUGGAAGUAAAAGAAUUUUUUUCAUACAAACAAUAUCAGAGAGAAUUAAAUUGGUUACCUCCUGUGUGAAAUUUGAAGUCAACUUAUCUCAAUCAGACAUCAAGCCAAAUUCGUGAUUAAUUAGGGGAACCAGUAUCUUGAACAGGAUCUUGAAAAUCAUAAACCAAUGUGACAAAUACGCCACCCAGAUCAGAAUUAAGACACGAACUGGCUGACAACUUGAAACGCGCCGGACUCCAAAGGUGCUACUGUUGGAGGUGGGUUUCACCCCACUCCAAACCCAGUUCAAAAUCUGACCCAAUAGUCAGAAGGCCCACUAGAAUAAGGUACAAUCUAUAACAGAACCAAGACCCAUCACAAACCCGAAGAAAAUUAACCCCGUUUUGACCAGUCAACUCAAAAUGUCGGAGAGAUCAGGUCAAUCAAUGACGACUUAAUGGCGCCAUGAACACGCCAGAAAAAUACGCCACAUACCACCAGUUAUAAAUGGAGAAGAAGGGAGAAUGAGAUCUUGUAUUCCAAUUUACUUUCAAUCAUAUACUUUCCAUUCUUCCUCGUUGUAUCAACGUUCACAAUCAAUAAGAAAAAAAAAACAUUUUUCUUUUCAGAUUGUAGUAAAAUAGCCAUUUUGUUUAUUACUUAAUGGGGAAUUAGGUGGUAUGGCUACAAAAAAAAACAAUAUUUAGAUCAGUAGUCAAAUACCCUAGAAUACAUCGAUACAGAGUGUAUUUUAUAUAAUAUUACACUUUUAACCUUCAACGCAACCGGUUAAACCUACAAUUUGAAAAAAAAAAAUUUAUUCAAGAGAGUUAAAGUUAAACGUGGUCAUCAAAAAGUCACACAUUUCUUCUUCUUCUUCUUCCUAAUUAUUGUUAUACUAUACAAUUUAUUUUACAUUUACUUUGUUAUAUGGAUCCUAACACCUUUAUCUUUUACUUUUGUUUCUCAGGUUACCAAUAGAAGAUUAGGCUGCCAAGUAGAUUGUUCGAAACUGGAUUUGAGCCAUCUGGUAAAUAUAUUCUCAUUUAUAUGUAAUGAUGCAAUGUGUAUAUAAGUGGAAUAGAUCGUGUGUACGUAGAAUGGAAAGACCAUUCAUGUGAAAUGAAAUAUUUGAUCUUUACUAUUUGUUGUAUUCUAUUAUAAUUGCAUAACAUAGACAUUUCAUGAUAUCAUAGACAUUUCAUGAUAUUAUUUGGAGUUAGCAUUAACUUUUUCCAUGAUAUCAUAUACAUUUUAUAAAUUCACCAAUAUGUACUAUACUAUUUAUCUAGUUCCAUUCUAUUUAGGUUGAGGGUUUAUAUUUGGGUUUAGGGUUUAUAUUUGGGUUUAGGGAUUAGUGAUUAUGGUUUAAGGUUAAGUAUAUAAGGGUUUAUGGUAGGAUUGUUAUAUGGUUAAUUAUUGAGGGGUUUAGGGUUUAGUGAUUAGAGUUUAGGGUGUAGUACUUCCUCUCAAGUCUAUUUUCCUUUCCAUUUUAUAUAGUAUAGGUGAUAGUACAAAAUAUUAUAUAUUAUUUUCAUAUUUUAAUUUAAUCUAAAAUAUUUUACAUUUAGAUUUGGGUUUAGGAAUUCAAGUUUAGGGUUUAGUAUAUCAGUCUUGGAGGUGUGUUGGGUUUAAGGUUAGAGGUGAGUUGGGGUUGAAUUACAAGAGUAGUCUUCAUUCCAUGUUAGAUAAUAUAGAAUAAUAGUUCAAAAUUUAUAUUUUUGUUAUUUUUGUUGUUUUCCUUAAAACAUUGUAACUUUAAAUUAAAUUUAACAUUUGGGUUUGAAUUUAGAGACUCGAGUUUAUUGUUUAGUAUUUAAGUGUGCAGGUUAAGUUUAGAGUUUAUAAUUCUGUUUGGUAUGAAGAUAUUCUGUUUGUUCUAUCUGACAUAGUACUUUUAUAAAUGGAAUACAACACUUACUUAGAAUAGUUAACCCGUACGUGGACAAUAUUAAAUUUCAAUUUUUCUUGGACAUGUGCUCUCGUCGACGUUAAUCCUUGGUCCCACUGUCACCGGUAACUUAGAAAGGAUAAGGACAUAACCGGAUAAAAUGUGUAUGAAAUGUUAUCAAUUUAAUAACGUCAAAAUCAAAGCUAUUUAUUUAAUGUUGACUCAAAACUUGGCUAGAUAGCAAAUUCACCCAUACUUAAUUAUCCAAUACAACAAUCAAUAAAAAAACAUUUUUUUCUCUUCACAUCGUACUAAAAUAGCCAUUUUGUUUAUUACUUAUCCAAUACAUUAGCUCAAACCCUAACCUAAAUUUUUCACUGGAUCCCAUGGUUAAAUCAAAAGGAGAUAGGCUGAGGGAGAUCUGUACACCUAACGUAGUUUGGUCCAUUCAAGGGCCUUUUAAUUUUGAUAAAAAUCGAAAUGUUAGAAAAGAUAGCCAGAGGGAGAUCUGUGCACCAAAUGUUUUUGUUUCAUGGUGAGCAGUUUAGAACCAAAAUGAUCUAAGUUGACCUCAAAUUUCACACAGGAGGCUUCUAAAGCAAAACAACAAUUCGAGUCAACUGUUUCUCUCAACAUUUCUUAAAGUUAGUUUUUUUACAUAUCCCUUUCUUAAUGUUAGUUAGUGGCUAUACGUACUAUUAUAUAUAUAGCAUAUACUUUCCAGUCCGUUUCAAAAACUAGACCACUUGAAUUAUAUGUUAACAAAAAGCAUCUAAUUUAGUCAUGUUCUCACGUUUUGAGGCCUCACUUGAGAAAGUCUUUUUCUUAAUAUUCUGAAAGUAGUUGUGUGCUCCCACUGCUUCUUAUAAGCAUCAUAUAUCAUUUAGAAUUUAGGACAUUACUUCUCUUGAUUUUUAUUGGGAAGUAACAGAUAUGGAGAUUACCCAUGGGAUUUUGUUGCUAUCAUUUGUGUCAACGUUCGCUGUUAUCCACCUUGUUCAAGCUCAAGAACAUGAAGGUACCUACGUUUCUCUAUUCGUUUACAAAAAAAAAGAAAAAAAAAGAAAAAAAAAAGAUGUUUUACGAAAAACAUUGAUAAUAUCAUUAAUUUACACAAAAAGGGUCUCUAUAAUUUGUGAAGACAUAAAUUUUAUGGACCCUCAGAAAGUGUACUGACAAUACACCUAUCAGUUAGCAUAUUAAGAAUGUCUGAAACUUCAACCGUUGCUUUGAUUAUCAUGCAUGGCAUGAUGCAGGGAUGGACACAAUCCGGUUUAACGUUCCGUUAAUUUUUUUUUUUUGGUUAUAUAGAAACUAAAACUGUAUAAAAUAACUUAGUUUGGCUUUGCUCCAGUCCAAUGCAAUUUCAUUUUGUAUUCGUUCUUAGAUUAAAAAUACUAUAAAAGUAACCUUUUCAAAAAAAAAUCAAAGUAAUGUUGUUUAAUACUACAGUUCUUAAUAUGAUUAUAUUAUAAUUUAUAUUUGUGACAAUAAUUUAAAUUAAUUUAAACUAGAUUUAAUCAGCAAUUUCAAAAUGCAAAAUUAUUUGUUCUGUUGAAUAAAUUAAUAGAAACUUUUAUUUUUGAACAGAAUUUAGAUAUUUUAAUUUUGACGUACAUUAUUUUACCUUACACAGUACUAUUAUUAAUUUAAAAUAUUUAAUUUUAAUGAAAAAAUAAUUUCUAAAUUUAAUUAAAAUUUAUAUAAAUAUAAAUAUAUAAGAAUCAGUUAGUAUAACCAGUUAUUUUAACUUACACUACAAGAAAACAUAUUUUUUACGAGGGCAAUAUACAUUGUAAAUUCGUCGUAAACGGGGUGUUACGACGAAUUAACCUCGAAAGACGUUUCGUCGUAAAACGUCUGUCGUAACGGAGGUUUUGUCGUAAAUGACUUGUUAAGUUUACGACGAAAUAUAUUCCUCGUAAAGCGCAGGGCACCUUUUCGUCGUAAACGAGACGUAAUAUUUCGUGGUAAACUCCCCGUAAUGGUUUCGAUGUAAAGCAGACGUAAAUACAUUCGUUGUAAAGAACACGUAAACUUUUCGAUGUAAAACCCUCGUAAAUCUUUCGUCGGUAAUCAGUCGUAAACAUUUACGUGGAGUUUACAUCGAUUCUUAUUAAUAUAUAAUAAAUUUGAAUAUUUUUUUAACCUCAAAUAUAAAUUUGAAUUUAUUUAAAAUUCAGAAUUUAAAAUAAUUUUAAUUUUAAAACGAAAUAUGAAAAUAAAAAACAUAUUUUAAAAAAGCAUUUAAAAGUCAUAUAAUAAUAUUUAAAUUCAUAAUACAAACUGAAAUAUAAAAAAACUACAUAUCAUCGAAGUAGUCGGUGGGGUUGCUCGGCUGUUGACGGGUUGGAUCGGACUCUUGGGGAUCUCAUACUGGCAACCCAAGAGCGGCUCGUCUCUCACUCAACAUUCUCUACAUAACCGGGUAGCAAAUCCUCAAGAGAGUCUAAAUGAACCUGCUGGCUAUCCAUUCGAGCUUUCAUCUGAGAAGUCUCUUCAUCCCCUCUCGAAGUGUAUGAUGAAGUUGCCCUUGCAACUUCGUUAACAGAGCCUAUACCGACUAUUCGUCCCUUCUUUUUAGGAGCCACCUAUAAAAUUAAAACAUAUAUUAAUAUAGUUAAUUAUGUUAAAAUAUUAAAAAUAAUGUAAACUAAAAUUUUAAGUUGUACCUCUUCGAAGAUUCUGUCGGCGUCUUCGGUGGACAAUGUGACGGGUAAUCCAUCGAGAGACUCCUGGGUUAGUUGCGUCUCCCGUUCUUCAAUCCGAGAAGCCACUGCUUGGAAGAGUUUCUGAGAUGCAGGAUCCACAAAAACUCCGUCGGAUGUGGCGUGAGUCAUCUUGAAUAGGUCAGACAGAGAUGGUAAAACUCACGUCUUCUCGAACUACAAAAAAAAAAAAUUAAAUUAAAUAUUAAAUUAAUUGAAAAUUUUAAAAUAAAUAUUUAAAACAAAACUUACAGCUUCUAGACGGAUUCCUGCAUGAGGUUUUUGUCCGGUUCUGUGAAGCAUGGGCAAAUGACCAUCUUUAUCCUUCGUUCUUCGAGAAGCCGAGCACGAAUUGGCCUUUUUGAUCGAAGAGGGGUGCUGCCAAUAGGCGAUGAGGCCAUCCCACACAUCCUUCGUGAGCUCAGUGGACUUUCUCCCUCAUACCUGUAGAUCUCCCACUUGUCCUUCCAAUCGGAGACUGUGUUGCAGAGGCGGAUCUUUGCCUUUGCAACGAAUUCCGCCUUCACCCUCUCGGUGAUUCCCAAAGACCAAUGCCACCUUUGCUGAAACACAAAAAUUUUGAAGAAACUAUCACAUGAUAGAUUCCAGAGACAUUAGUCCACAUAAGGGAAACAAUUCUCAAACAUCUUAGAGACUAAACAAAUAGCCAAACAUCUAAAACGAAACUGUUGUGAGAGAUAAAUGAACAAGACUCUACGCCUUUUGUCACUAACCGAAGAAACGACCUCAAUUCUUCAAAGAAUACCGAAACAUAACCAAAGGGUAUGAACAAGGAAAAUGCACCAAGAUUAAAUACUCCACCAGAAAACUGGAGAGAUUGAAGAAGCUUAACCGGGACUACCAGCCACAAGCAAUGACAGAAGAAAACGAGAACCAUCACCCAGAGAAAGAAAAAGAACCACUCUCACUCAGCCAUUAACACCAACUGAAGCAAUCAAGAAAAUAGAACCUUGAUCAUCACUGGAAGAAAGUCAAGAAGGACAGCCAAUUGUUGCACGCAGAUGCUCGCAAACCAAAACGACAACCAAUUUUUACACACGGAUGCUUGCAAACCAAAACGGGCCAUCUACAAGAAACAGCUUGGCCACCUCCUCACAACAGAAGAAAAGAAGGCCGGAAAAGCUGCAAAGUUAGAAGAAACCACGUAGGUGACUAAGCAGAAAACUCCAUCACCAAGAUGACUCCGAAACAAUAAAAGGCCAAGUGAGAGUCGCAGAACAAGAAUCCAGCAACAUUAUCCAAACAGAAAUUUGAAUUCAAACACGAACAAUUACAAACUCCAUAAAUCCACAGCUAAAGCAAAUUGUAUACAAAGUGCUUCCUUGUACCCCACCCCCCCCCCCCCCCCCCAUAAUCUCCACAUCACAUAAAAUGCUACAUAGUACAAAAAUGCUUCCAUGUACUCCCCUAGCUCAUGUGUGGUGGUACAUAAGAGCUUCCUUCUACACCCCGCAAACUACACACAAAAUAUCAGCGGAUGCAAAAGUAAUUCCAUGUAUCCGGCUAACCAAUCUCAUACUAAACGUUAUAUAUAUAAACCUUUGCUUAACAGCAAAAAAAAUCGAUCAACAGUUGAAUUCUCUAAUUUCUUAUCUCUGGUUUUAACAAAGAAUAAAUUAAAUAACAAACAAGACUCCAGUCAGACUCAAUUCACACAGACAAAACAUGUUUUGAUCCUACAAUUUCCAUUAUAUCAUGACUAAAAGAAUAAAUGAAAUAGCCCUCAUCUUUUCAACUUAUUGGAAAAGAUCAACGGAAGAUAUAGUUAACUGCAACACUAGAAUUGACAGUUUAGGUUCAGAAUCUCCAGAAAUAAUGUUUUUAUAAAUGGAAAAUUUCCCAAGAUAGAAUCUUUCACUAAAUGGAAAAUUUCUCUGAACAGAAUCUUUCCAAAACUAAAAAUGGGGUGGUAACAAACUUACCAGAAUACUGCUGGAAGCUCGUCCGAAAAUCUCACCAGAAAAUUUAUCGAUGAUAGACCGUCAGAUAAUUAACAACAACUUUUCUCGCGUUAAAUACUAUUAUGUUUUGAAGGAGUAAAGAAAAGGGAUGAAGCUCUUAGUAUAGGAGAAAGAAAAAAGAGUAGUUUUAUGAACUUUGAUGUGAACAAACCAGAAAAAGAAGUUUUGAACUUCAUUUUUUAUUAGGAGUUAUUCAACUCCUAUUAACUCAAACCAGAAAAUGAGUCUAUACAGAAAUCAUGGAUAUUGCAAAUUUCUUUUUGAAUAAAAUAUCACUGAAUGUUUGGUGAGUUGGAAGAAAAGAUACAUUUAUCAAAUGUUUAGUUUUUGGCGUCUUUGAAUGUUUCUUUUAAGAUACUAUUUGUAAAACAAUUUCCAAUUGCAUUGAAGUAAUAUUUCUUAAUGUGUAAGUGAAUAUGCCCAUUCUAGACGAUUUUGUUGCAUUGUCAACUAAUCUCCUAUACAUUAUUUAUGAAGUGUUUGUGUGUCAUCACCACAUUCAAUUUUUUUUUUUUUUAAAAGAUGUGAUGGCUUUGAAAAAAUGUGACAUGGCACUAACCUAAUUGUGACAUGUACAAUUUUAUUUAUACAUAUUUAUGUAUUUUGUAAGGUUUUCAAUAUGGUAAUUCCUAUUAACUCAUAUAUCAUCAUUAAUGUAAAUUUUCUAUAUAAAUAUUUAUAUUGGGUGAUGAUAAAAUAUAACUCAUAUCAAUGGUGAUUUAUUUAACUUCAUGGUUAUUUAUUCAACUCAUAUUAACUCAUAUCAUAACUCCUAUGAGAUUUAUUAAUAUUCGUGGUGAUUCUCCACUAUUUUUUGUAUUCAAAUCAAUAUUAUUACAUUUUGAUUCAUCCUGGUUUGAUUAUAAUGACGAAUAAGACAUCAUAGUACCAAACAUGAACAUUGGAAUCACUUGAUUUAAAAGUGAGAUAACUUCUCCAUCAUAACUCCUGUGAGAUUUAUUCAACUUUGUGGUGAUUCUCCACUUGUUUAUGUAUCCAAAUCAAACUUUUCACAUCGUGAUUCAUCUUGGUUUAAUUAAAACGACGAAUAAAUUGUCAUAUUCCCAAACAUGGAAAGCUGGAAUCACCUGAUUUCAAAGUGGAAUAAAAAUUUUCAUCAUAACUCCUAUGAGAUUUAUUCAACUUCGUAGAGAUUCUCCACUAGUUUAUGUAUCCAAAUCAAGAUUCUUACAUUACAAAUCAUCCUCGUUUGAUUAGAAUGAUGAAUAAGUUGUCAUAUUUCCAAACAUGAAAAACUUGAAUCACAUGAUUUGAAAGUGAGAUCAUUUCUUCAUCAUAACUCCUAUGGGAUUUAAUUAACUUUGUGGUGAUUCUUCAUUAUUUAAUGUAUCCCAAAAUCAAAAUUCGUACAUCGUCAAUCAUCAUGGUUUGAUUAGAAUAACGAAAAUGUUGUCAUAUUCCCAAAUAUGGAAAGCUUGAAUUACAUGAUUUAAAAGUGGGAUACCUUCUUCUAAAGCUGCAUGAACAAGACUCUACACCUUUUGUCACCAACCGAAGAAACAACCUCAAUUCUUCUAAGAAUACCAAAACAUAAUCUGAGGGUAUGAACAAUGAAAAAGAACCAAGAUUAAUUACUCCACCAAAUAACUGGAGAGAUUGAAGGAGCUUAACCGGGACUACCAGCCACAAGCAAAGACAUAAUAAAACGAGAGCCAUCACUUGGAGCAAGCAAAAGAACCACUCUUACUCAGCCAUUAACACCAACUGAAGAAAUCAAGAAAGUCGAGGCCCAAGGAUAAAUCUUUGAUCAUCAAAUGGAAGAAAGUCAAGGAGGACAACCAAUUCUUACACACGGAUGCUCGCAAACAAAAACGACAACCAAUUCUUACAUGCGGACGCUUGCAAACCAAAACGAGCCAUCUACAAAAAAAACAGCUUGGCCACCUCCUCGCAAGAGAAGAAAAGAAUGCUGGAAAAGCUGCAAAGUUAGAAGAAACCACGUAGGUGACUAAACAGAAAACUCCAUCACCAAGACGACUCCGAAACAAUAAAAGGCCAAGUGAGAGUCGCAGAACCAGAAUCCAGCAACAAUAUCCAAACAAAACUCUGGAUUCAAACACGAACAACUACAAACUCCAUAACUUCACAGCUAAAGCAAAUUGCAUACAAAGUACUUCCUUGUACGCCCCAUUAUCUCCACACACACAAAUUGCUACAUAGUACAUAAAUGCUUCCAUGUACUCCCCUCGCUCAUGUGUGGUGGUACAUAAGUGCUUUCUUCUACACCCAACAAUCUCCACACCAAACAUCAGGUGAUACAAAAGUACUUUCAUGUAUCCGGCUAACCAGUCUUAUACUAUAUGUUAUACUCUUAUAUAUAACAGUUCCUUAACAUCAAACAAAUAGAUCAACAGUUGAAUUCUCUAAUUUCUUAUCCCCGGUUUUAACAAAGAAUAAAUUAAAUAACAAACAACACUCUAGUCAGACUCAAUUCACACAGAUAAAACAUGUUACUAUCCUACACUUCCCAUAAUAUCAGGACUAAACUAGGAAAAUAAUAAAUGAAUAGCCCUCAUCUUUGCAACUAGUUGGAAAAGAUCAACGAAAUAUAUUGUUAAUUGCAACACGAGAAUUAACAAAUUAGGUUUAGAAUCUCUAGAAAUAAAGUUUUUAUAACUAGAAACUUUCACAAGAUAAUAACCCUCACUAAAUGGAAAAUUUCUCUAAACAUAAUUUUUCCUAAAUUAAAAAUAGGGAGGUCACAAACUUACCAGAAAACUGCCAGAAACCUGUCCGGAAAUCUCACCUGAAAAUUCAUUGAUGAUUGAUCAUCAGAUAAUUUAACAACAACUUGUCUCGCGUAAAUCCCUAUUAUGUGUUGAAGGAGAAAAGAAAAGGGAUGAAGCUCUUUGUAUUGGAGAAAGAAAAAAGAGUAGUUUUAUGAACUUUGAUGUGAACAAACGAGAAAAAUAAGUUUUGAACUUCAUUUUUGUUACAGAAAAUGAGUCUAUAAGGAAAUCAUGGAUAUGGAUGUUACAAAUUACUUUCUCAAUAAAACAUCACUGAAUGUUUGGUGAGCUGCAUGAAAAGAUACUUUUAUCAAAUGUUUAGUUUUUGGAGUCUUCGAAUGUUUCUUUUAAGAUUCUAUUUUUUAAGAAAAUUCCAAUUUGCAUUUCAGUAAUAUUCUUAAUGUGUAGGUGAAUGUGCUCAUGCUAGACGAUUUUUUAUAUUUUAAACUAAUCUCCUAUACAUUAUUUAUGAAGUGAUUUGCACAUGUUCAUCAGCACCUUCAAUUUCAACAACGAAAAAAGAUUAAACGGCUUUGAAAAAUGUGAUAUGCACUAACCUAAUUGUGACAAGUACAAUUAUCCUUAUAAGUUAUAAAGAUGUAUAUAUAUUGUUUGGAAGGAUUCAAUAAGGGAAUGCCUAUUAACUCCUAUAUAAUUAUUAAUGUAAUUUUUCUAUGUAUAUAUUUAUAUUUGGCUAUGACAAAAAAAAUAUUUGGCAAAACUUUUAAAAUAUACUAAUAAUAAUAACUCAUAUAUCACUGCUAGGUUUGAUAUGAAAACUCUGUAAAGAAAAACAAUACUUGGCUAAACUAAAGAUUCAACUUUGUAUGUGGCGUUUUUCACCUUAGUUUCCUUAAUUCAUAAUCAAUCACAAUUAUUUGUGCUUUAUGCAUAAACCUUAACCAUGGCCAAGUUCGGCAAGAUACCAAAACUUUCAAUUUCUAAAAACAUUCUCAUUCUGCCAUUUUAGUUGAUAUGAGUCUCAAUGAUUUUGUAAUUUAUUUCUUUCAACAAUGAUAUUAUUCAGUUCUUGCCCGCAGAGAACUUUGAUUCACUAAUACAAAAGUUAUAAAUACGAAAACUGAAAAUGAGCUAAUUAAAAAAAAUUAGUGUGCGAACACAUUAAAUAGUAUGCGAUGGAGUUAAAAAAUUAGUAUGUGAACACAUUACUUGCCAAACGACUGUGAAACUGACACAUGAUCAUUCUAAAGUUAAAAUGAUUGUGAAGCUGACACGUGUCAAUGUGUGUGUGAACAUAUUUAUUGCAAAUGGUUCUGCUUUAAUAUACAAGGGAUAUUAUUCCACUUGGUAUGGUUUAGUUAUGAAAAACCCUUUUUAUUUGGUUUCAGUUAUAAGAUUUCAGAUUAAUAAAGCAAACAAUCUAUAAGAAAAAAUUAUAAGUCAGUUUGAUUGACAAUAUUUUGAAAUCAUACCUUCCUACUUGUGGUGAACUCGUCAUAUCUAUCAAUCUUGGUUAGUAUUGCAAUGAGUUGGAUCGGUGGGUCGCUGAUUUUGAAAAUUUAUAUUUCUCAUUCAUUAAUUGUUAAUUAUUAGAAAAGUAACAUCACUUAUACCCACCAUUCUAAUGCCAAAUUAUACAGGUAUGCAAAGAUCAUGAUUUUGAUCAAUUACCAUAAUCUUUUGAUGUAACAGGGUUUAUCCAUUUUAAAAUUCCAAUUUUCAAAAUUCCAAUGAUAUUCGUUAUACCUGCUUCUGCUGUCGUAAUCAUUCUGGUAGUAUUGGUUCUCAUGUGUAUGUGCAGAAAGAAAAAGACACCAACUCAUGUAGAAGGUAUUUGAUGCAUCAAACCAACAAAUUAUAUAUUACGAAGUAUUACAUGCACUGUUUUACACUAAUUAUUUCUUUUUCUACAGGCGUGCCACCUUCACCAAUUUUAUCUACUAGUAGUAGUAUAUCUGAAGAAUCGAUCAAGAUGACAAAGAAAAAGUUUACAUAUUCAGAAGUUACAAAAAUGACAAACAAUUUUCAAACAGCUCUUGGCGAAGGACGCUUUGGCAUUGUAUAUCAUGGUUAUUUGAAUGGUUCAGAGGAAGUAGCUGUUAAAGUUGAACUUUUACUUCGAGUUCACCACAUAAACUUGGUCAGCCUUGUCGGGUAUUGCGAUGAACGAGGUCACUUAGCUCUCAUCUAUGAAUACAUGUCCAAUGUAGAUUUAAAACAUCAUCUGUCAGGAAAACAUGAUAUAUCUGUUUUAAAGUGGAGUACACGAUUAAGAAUAGCCCUUGAUGCCGCACUAGGAUUGGAAUACUUACAUAUUGGAUGUCGACCAUCAAUGGUGCAUAGAGAUGUCAAAAGUACGAAUAUAUUGUUGGACCAGCAAUUAACCGCCAAAAUUGCGGAUUUUGGGCUUUCAAGAUCUUUCCAACUUGGAGAUGAAUCUCAUAUUUCUACAGUUGUUGCUGGUACUCCUGGAUAUCUUGAUCCCGAAUAUUAUAGAACAGGUCGCUUGGCUGAGAUGAGUGAUGUCUACAGCUUUGGGAUUGUGUUAUUGGAGAUACUCACAAACCAACGUGUGAUUGAUCAAAACCGUGAAAAGCCACACAUAACAGAAUGGGUAGCGUUUGUGCUUAACAGGGGAGAUAUUACCAGGAUUAUGGAUCCUAGUCUUCGCGGUGAUUACGACUCAACUUCUGUAUGGAAGGCUCUUGAAUUGGCUAUGUCAUGUGCAAACCCUUCUUCCCAAAGACGACCAAACAUGUCCCAAGUUAUUAGUGGACUAAAAGAGUGUCUUACUUCUGAAAAUUUAAUGAGAAGUAAGAAACAAGACGUCGAUUCUGAUAGUUCCCUUGAAAUGACCAUCAACUUUGAUACCAAUGUUUUCCCCAGUGCAAGAUAGUAUUCGUAAAGAAACUUUAUAAAUGUUGAUGUAUCAAAUUUUUCUUUCGCCAUUUUCAAAAAGAAAAGUUUUAUAACUAAAGAAACAAGAGAUGAACAUUCUUUUGAUCUUGUAUCCUAUCGUGUAAUUUCUGUCCACAUGUAUAUGCAGUUAUUUGUUUUUCAUAUAACAUGUAUGUAUAGCUAACAAUGAUAGCGGCUGUUUGUAUCACUCAAAUUACCCUAUGAGUAGCUUUACUCUCUCAAAUAAGAGGUUCAGUUAUAUUACUUAGAGAUCGAAUCUUCAUAUAGUGUGGACACACAAUAAACUCAAUGCAAUCACGAUUAAGCUAGGCAAUAAUAUAUUAAAGCAGUAAAUAAGAAAAUCAGUUGGUUGUUCGGUUUGUAAGUAUGAGAAUAAAUAGAUAGAUCUAGGAUUUCAGGCAAUCAGGAUUAUAGAGGUAUAUAUGCUAAGGGUUUGUGAAUGACAAUCCUAAAAACUCGAAUUCUAAUGUAAAGAUAUCAAGAUGUCGGUGCGAGUCUAAUAAAGUGUCUAAGUCCAGUGCUCCAGCUUUCGCUUGCGAUUACAGAGUGAGUGUCGAUUGUUGCUAACUUUGUAGCGUUGGUCGACACUACCUUAGGGCGGUUUUAUACUCCUAUUCGAUUAGUUCACUAGGUAAUCCAUGAGUAUAUUGGUAAUUUAUGGUGGCUGUUGGGCUUAAGUCGGUCAUGAAAGAGACUCGGCCCGCGUUAUGGCAUCACCGUCAAUCAACACCAAGGGUGCACCGUCGAUCGACAUUUCUUCAUCUCCUUGACAGCUUCCUCUCGCGAGGCAGACAUACUACUCUUCUGCUAUAGGAUGCUGAUUGACCGUAAACUGAUGGCACUGGAAAUCUAACUAAAAUUUCUAUCUUGUGUCAAAAGAUGGGCUCAAUCGCACCGUGUAAAGGUCUUCAUCCAUAGAUAAACAUCUAACGCCUCUAUGCAGUUAUGUACCUCGAAAGUCUCCAAAAGGCUCCAAAAUUACAAAAGUUCUCCAAAACGUACCUGAACCUGAAAACACUCUAUAAGAUACUCCAAACACAUAUAUUAGACUCCAAAACACUUAUAUACCAUGGCUGAAAGUGGUAAAAUCCAUGGUAUAUCAUUCUACACUUUCUCUUAGGUAGUACAUUUUUCUUUGCUGGAGCUUUAUCAGCAUUUUUAUUUGCUGUAGCUUUAUCGGCUUUGGUCUUAGUUGGAUCUUGUUCGGCUUUGCUAGGACCGAUUGCUUCACAACUUAAAGUGAAAGCUUCUCUGAGCUGUGAAACCUAACUCUCCAUCUUCCCCAUCCUCUCUACAAAACCAGCCUCCAUCUUCUCCAAUUGCGUACUGAGUCUAUCCCCCAAGGAAGUGAUAGAUGUGUGGAUGAGACCCUGAAUGAAACUCUUAGUUUCAGGAUCAAGAGUUAUUUUUUUGCGGCAGAUCCCUGACACAGUAGCUUCUUCUUUCUUGAAUCGGCUCCUUCGUCAUGAAUCUUUCUCUUGCCUCUUCCUGCAACAUUAGUCGCAGUGGUGUCCACUUCUGCUGCAACAUCAGUAUCAUCUACACUCCCAUCAGGUUCUGCCUCUACAUCCACUUCUUCCAUUUCACUAACUUCAGAUUAUAAAACUUUCCACUCUGUUUUGAUCCAAUCAAAAUUCUUGCAGAUCCUAUCCUGAAGAAGGUCACCUCUUUCAUCAUGCUUCUCACCCUUCCUUACAUACGCAGUUUGCAAAAGCACAUCACCAAGACGAUUCUGUGAGAUGACCAAAAACAACUCACCCUACAAAAAAAUGUCUCAUUAAAAGCCACAUGAUAUAUACAACAAACAUAAUUAUCUAGACAACUAAUAUACAUACCUUCUCAGGAAAUGAGUCCUUAAGUUGAAUGAUGUCUUUAUAAUAAACUUUUGCAGCUCCUUUCCAAUUUCCACACCUUGGACCUAUGAAGCUCUCACAGACUCUUCUGCCUAAUAUUUCUCCAAAAUAAAGAACUGCUUCAAUAAUCCAAAUCUGGAUAGCAUAGGUGAAACCCUUGAAAAUGUAGCUCUCCUUGUUACUCAAAUUCUUCCUAGUCUUCUCAAUCGAUCUCAGCAGGAAGUCAAACGAGUGAAGACCCCAAUAGAACUUCCAAACCUUGUCAAGAUCCAUCACCAACUUGAUGUACAUAUGAGGGAUGUUAACCUUCUCAUCUUUCCCCAUCACCACGCCCAUUAUCACACACAAGUAGAUCAACCUCAACCUAUCAAGCCGAGUCCAGUUGUGAACUUUUUGUAGAUGCACCUUCCUGAUCGACUUCAAAGUUAUCUUUCCAGCUACCUUUAGUAGCUUACUCCAAAACCCCCCGUCAUCUUUCCAUUUAACUACGUCACUGCUACUUUCCUGUGAAAUCUUGAGGCCAGUCAGAGCAUGGUACUUCUGAAGCGAAAACCGGAGAGGAGUCCUCGUAAAGACAAACCUCUUCGAGGUAAUCAGCUCCUUUCACAAGAGGCUAUGCACCAGUUUCCACGAAAGUUUGAGGCGAUUUGAUUGAAUGGCCAGGAUAUGUGUGAAAAUCGGAUCUCUCUUUACUUCUCUGUAUUCUUCAGACAUAGCUUCCUUCAGAAUUCUGAGUAGUUCCAUGCGGCAGCAGUUGUUGAUCUUCUUGACCUGAGGUUCGAAACCCUCUCCGUAUAAAAUUUUAGGUUGCUUUGAUUCCAUAUCUUAAAAGACAAAAGAAAUUGAUCUUAGUCAAACGAAACUGAUUUAAAUCAAAAUUGACAACUUAAGAGUCAAACAAAGACAUAUGCCAGAGACACUAACAAUUUCAUUCUAUUCACAUUUUCAUUCUACUCACAUUUUCAUUCUAUUCACAUUUCAAAUUUAAUUACCAAAAUUAAGGUUCACUACAUCAACGUUUUGACAAUCAUGUUAAUCAAAGAACCUAAAAUCAAUACAAACAUAAACAACUUCAUACUGAAUCAGGAUAAGUCAAAAUUCAAUCAAAUUCACAAGUCAAAACAAAAACACUUUCAUUAUGUUCUGAAAACGAAAUCAAACAAAUAUUGUUUCAAGUCAAAGAAACAAACUUAAUAGUGAAACAGAGACUAAGACAAACCAAAAAUCAAACAAAUUCAAAUGAAAUCAGUUAACAAAACCAUUCACAAAAGAAAUUAGUUAGUCAAACUAAGAAAAGUGAAUUCACACGCAAUCAAUUAAUCACAAUAAGACAACUCAGAAACGAAAUCAUCACAUAAUCAGUUAGCAAAAGAACAACAACAUUAUAAAUUCUAAGAAAGAAACAUACAAAAGAGUAACAUGGAUGAAGAACACAAACACAUACACACAUCCAAACAAUAUCCGGAUCGAGGAACAUGCAAAGAAGAAAUAUAAAGUUUGGAAAUAAUACCUUAGGUGAUAGGGAUAUCGGAGAAAGACAGAAGCGGAGAGGUAGAGAGAAGCUCUGAAAUCACCUUUUGUUUGUCUAGAGAGAGAGAGAGAGAGAGAGAGAGAGAGAGAGAGAGAGAGAGAGAGAGAGAGAGAGAGAGGCAGAUAAAGGUAUUAGAGUUAGAAGGAGAAAAAAACUCGGUCAAAUUGGAAGGAAAAAGGUUGGUGUUUACCUUUGGUGCCAGCGAUGUCGGAGAGAGAUGAAGGGGUUCCAGUGGAAGAGAUACUCGAUUUCACCGGUGAAGUAACCGUUGAUUUCAACGGAGAAGACACACAAUCGCCUUCGUAGUCUCGAGAGAGAGAGAGUGAAAGGCGGAAAAAAGAAAUUAGAUUAGGGUUACGGGAAAUUUUGGGUAUUUUAAAUCCUUUUUGUUUGAUUAAUAGGUUUAACUAAAUUCAAUUGAAUUAUAAAUAUUGUUUAAUUUGAUUAAUCUAAGGUUAAUUUUGGGAUUAUAGAAAAUUUUAUACUAUAAGGACAAUGUUUUUUUUUUGAAAAAGACUAUAAGGACAAUGUUAAGUUGGUUUUAUACCUAAAGGGACAAUCACUACAAAACAAAUUCACAGUGAUAGCACAUUGUUAUAGCAGUUUUACUGAAUUGUUAUCGUAGAUAACUUUAAAAUUUAUGUUCUAUAUAAUAGCAUUAGAUGAAUGCUUUGGUAAAAUUUCGCUAAGCGGAAACAAAAAUUUAGUUUUUUUUUAACGACUGCAUUGCUUAAAGUCAAAUGACAAAUGUUUCAAGAACAACGAACAUACGAGAAACACAAAUACGCUCAAUCUAAAAAAGAUCUAUGAGCAAAUAGAAGAUGCUUCUCUAAAAAACUGUUGAUGUAGCCAAUCUGGACCUCCCAAAGCGAGGUAAGACUGAAAAAGACUGUUCUUCAACACACUUUUUUCUAUCUCUCGAGCUACUCUAUUUGAUGCAAUGGCUUCAGUUUCAAAAGCAAUCAAACCAAACGAAGAGCAUAAUGCAUGGAUACGUUAGAGAAUGAUUCUGAAUCUUGGCCAGUUUGAAGGUUUCAUCAUCGCCUCAACAAGAUCAUGGAGGUCAAAACCCAAAAUAUAUCUUGAUACCCAAGGUUCUGCAUACUCUGAAGUUCCCAUUCCAAGCAUCUUAGCUCUGCCGUCAAUCUGUUGGGAGAGAAAGUAUGGGCAUCUCUUGCAUGAUGCAGAACAUUACUGCUGUGAUCUCGAAUAAUAAGGGCAAUACCACUGUGAAGCUUAGCAUUACGCCAAUUAUCAUGAAUGUUACACUUAAGCAAAACCUGAAAGAGGAGGAUCCCAUCUUUUAACUUCUCCACAAACCCCAUUCAUCUGUAUUGGGUUUUGCUGAGUAACAUUGAGCUCAUGCCAAAUAUGAGCUUCAUCACUAGCCUUCUUUACCUGAAGAGUAAGCGACUCCUGCCGAUCAGCAUACAAGAUUGUAUUUCUGUUUCGCCAAAUGGUCCACAUAAUCCAUGGGAUCGAUCUUCUCUGGCUUACCGGAAUGGUCUCAUCUGACAUUUUCCUAAGGUAGAAAGACAGAAGUUCCACCAGAGUACUGUCCAUUGGAGGUAUAAUCAGUUAAAAUCCUGCCAAUUCCCACACCUCUUAAGCAACCUCACAAUGAAACAACACAUGAUCUGUGGAUUCACUCCUCUGCCUGCAGAGUUUACAUAAGGAAUCUACAUUCAUCCCCCUAGUAUUAAGUCUCUCAGCUACCGCCAGAUCCCCUGAAGCUGCUCUCCAUAAGAAACUUCUUAUCUUUGGUAAGGUAGGGAUUUUCCAAAUCUCUCUUUUCAACUCUAGCAAUCCUGGCGAGCUCAAUCCCGUAUCCAAAGCUUGAGCUUCUUUAUCCUUUGCAGCCAGAGCAUAGCCAGUCUUCACUGUAUACGCCCCAUUCGAAGUAAAAGCCCAAAUGUCUCUGUCUACAGAAUCCCCCACUGGAAGUUGUAGAAUUCGCUGAACAUCAUUUAUUGGAAAUAAAUUAUGUAACUUAAGCACAUCCCACCGUCUCUCUUCCUGGAUC